AUGGUACCAGAUGUAUCUCUGCAUUACCGGGAUAGUGGCGCAAACAUCUGGGCCUCAGUAGGACUCUUUGGUAUUAUUGAGUCGCUUGCUCUUUCGAGUCGAGUCAAAAUGAGUUACAAUAGACUAAAAGAAGCGGCUGGAAAGUACAGACGGAACAUAAAGCCAAUACACUGCACGGUUGUAAAGAUAACACGAAAGAGCGCAUCAGCUUUCCAGAAAGCUGGAUUGGAAAGGAAGCUGAUGCUACCUGACGAGCUGUCAGUCAAUUCCCUGCGUACAGCAAUCGCCAAGUUGUAUGGACUGAACGCUAACAACAAGAUAACACUUUACCGAAAGUUAUCUGGACUCGAACUAGACGAGGAAGACGUCAAAGCGAUUGGUCUUUCAACUACCAUAUACUGCUUCAUGGAGGAACUGGAAGCAGUAUAUGGUAGUCGAAAGACCAAUGAUGUGAAGGAACGGCCCAGUAAGGCGACAGCUACAGAUACAAGUGCUUGUCCUAAAUGCGGCGACGGAGAGGAGACUGUCUCACACUUUCUCGGACAGUGCCCGGCUAUUGCCCAAAUAAGAGGAUCAGGAUUAGUAGUUGAAUCAACUUUUAAGCCAAAGCGUAUGCGCUCCAAAAGCAUGAACCUUCCCGAGGAACCUUCAGGAUCUCAGAUGGUCAUGAGCUCCUUUAAACCGAAGCGUUGCCGGUUUAGGACAGCUGACAUUCUGGCUGCUGGAGCUCCUGGUGCUACAACAGGGAUCGGGCACCACUGUACAGUUGAAGAGUACAGCCUUGAACGGCGUGAGUUCAUGAAGACUGAGGGGAGACUGGAAAUUACUGACGUUAGUCUGGGAAGGGGAGGGUACAGAAGGGUAUCAAAGGGUAGGUUGCUGCGAGGUGAGGACAUCAUGGAUGUAGCAGUGAAGCUAUUCCACGAGCAAGGGAUUGAGCGAAUACGGAAUGGGGGAUUGACGGUAGAAGAAGAAAGCCGGAGAUAUGUUAAAUGUCUUGAGGUGGCGCACGCCUUGGCGCUAGAAUUCGCCAAGGCCACAGGAGAACCCUUGGGCUAUAACAAGGGAAUGCUUGUUACAUCAGAAGAGAAGGUUUUUAUGGUAGAACCGAUGUUGAAUGGACAACCAUGGAAACUUGUCAACAACGAUGGGAAGAGUUGUGGCAACCCUGAGCAGGUGCCUAUACCUAAGGAGACUGUGGAGGCAUUUGUCCACUUCACAUACCAUGCUACAGAAGGGGCGCUUCUCGUCCUUGAUAUCCAAGGUAUGGGUACUUCGCUGAUGGACCCGGAGAUAUCAACAUCAGGGCAGAUUGAUCCACUUGAGGAGUACUUCAAUGUCGGCAAUUUUGGCCAAGAUGGUAUUAAGAACUUCUUUGAGUGGCAUAUUUGCAACGAUAUCUGUAAAGAUUAUAAAGCAUUCAAGUAGAAACCUUUCAACAUAUUUGAUAUAUAAUAGGAUUUAAUGCUAGAUGAUAGAUUAUUCAUUAUAUGAAUAAGAAACUAAUCGGGAUUAAGGGUGCAGGGAGGGUCUUCAAAAAAAAAUGAGGUCCACGGUUUUCAAAAAUCGAAUAAAAAAUGUUUAAAUGUUUAAAAGCUUAUCUCAAAAUUUUGUCUAUACAAUCUCGUCCAAAUGAUCCUUACAACAUUUAAUGCUGUAAGUUUGAGGGUGAUUGCUCAACAAAUUUAUAGGAGAAAAUAGAUUUUAGGAGAAAUAGAUUUUUAUAGGAGAAA